CCGAAGUCUCCCGAACAGCCGAGUACCAGUCUGGUGUGUAAACAAGGUCAGGCUUUGCAGCUCACAGGCGACACAGGCUUUGAACUGGACAGAGCUCGCCUUUUUAACAAGAACACAAUCCCCAGGAAUCUGUUAGAUCAGGUGCAGCGAGGCGGACAAGAUGAUGCAGUGUUUCCACUUCAUGGUGGAGCCGGCCAAACAGCUGACGGCCAAGAUUAAGGAGUCAAACAAGAGGGCAAAGCAAGAGAAGAGGGAGCCUCUGGUUGAGGAUCAGUUAUUUGUUGUGGAGCUGGCUCGAGACCUCAGCCGGGUGUGCCAGAGGUCAGAGGUUCUGGAGCACGUCUGGAACCAGGAUGACACCUGGCCCACUCCUCUCUGCCAGCUCUUCAUCCUGCAGUGGGCCUCCAUGCUGGAGAACAAGGAGAGACUAAUGCAGACUGACGGCUGGCCGGAGAUGGAUGAGGACAAACAGCCUGAUAUGAUGACCUUACAUGACCUUCAGCAGGCCAAAACUGCCAUUCUCAACUGGGUUCAAGAUCUGAGAGCUCAGCCUGAGCAAAGUGUGAUGCCAGGAGAGCCAGUGGGGAAGAUGCUGGAGGACCUGCAGUCAGCCUGGCGCUGGAGGCGAGUUCCCAAUCUGCUGAGCGCCAUGGAGCUGGUCAUGUGGACUUUAGUGUCUCAGUGGUCUGAGAAGGACAAAAUCCCACAGCAGUGGCUUCUGUGGAAGCAGAGGACUCAGAAGAUCGGAGCCAUAUCUUACAUUCCUCAGCCAGUGUGGGACUGGAUUGCGGAUGCUUCAGUGGACGUGACUCUGGACCUGGACACAGCCAACCCGGAUCUGCUCAUCUCCCCCGAUGAGAAGAAGAUGCGCUGCGGCUUCGAGAGGAAAGACAUCCCCAACUUCCACCAGCGCUUCGACGGCUGGUGGUGCGCUGUUGGGGUGGAGGGCCUGGGCUCCGGCCGCCACUACUGGGAGGCGGAGGUGGGCGAGCGCGACUGGCGGCUGGGUGUGGCCAAAGAGUCGGCCCUGAGGAAGGGCUUCAAGUCCCUCAACACGAACACGGGGUACCUGACCCUGCGGCUGGAGAGGGGCUCCGAGCUGAAGGCCCUGACGGUGCCCUUCACCGCCCUGCCACCUGGCCUCAUCCCCCGCAAGGUGGGCAUCUACCUUGACCACAACAACGGGCAGCUGUCCUUCUAUGACGUGGACAAACGCUCGCACAUUUACACCUAUAACGAGCCCUUCACCGAGAGGCUGUUCCCGUUGUUCGGAACGGUGGAGAUCAUCAAGGAUCUGGUGAUCCGGUCUCCAGCUGCAAAGACCCACUGCCUCUGCCCCACUUCCUGCCUGUGGGGUUAGAGUACCCUCCACCUGGAGCGACCACCAUAAUGGGAGUAAAACCAGUUAGAAUCACAGAAGAAUCAUGAAGAGCAACCUCUGCUCCACUGUGCGACCGCUUUGUGCUCUGCUUCUGCUCUAACGUGACGGCUGCUGCUACUUUACUGCUGUAGUUAAAAAGCACUUUACUUGUUUUGUGCAAUACUUAAUCUGUAAACUGAGGUGCACAUGUGUGGAUAAUAAAUAAAGCUAAUCCUAACCGAGCUUUUAGCCUGUUUUUAGUA